CUUAUCCCCACGUGGCUUUUGCAUUCAUACUAAGCAGCAGUGCUUGCUUUCCGCCGCGUUUCCACCGCUAGCGUUCCACGCGUUUGUAACUGUUGCUAUCCGCGUGUACUGUACCACUAUGAAAGCCAUCAUGACAUGACGCCAUUCGUGGAACGCUUCUUUUUGUUGUUGACAUAGCACCACUACUCUUGCAACGCUUCUUUCGACGCUCCCUCUUCACGCCGCCAGCCCUUCCUAGUAGUAUUCGACUGGGGUUAUGGUGGUCGGCUCGCUCGAAGCCAGAGCUCGCGCUUUCCGAAUUCGUUGCAGGAACGAGGGCAGUAGUGGGUAACACGACGGUAGUUUCGAGGACCGGGUUCGAGGACCGGGUUCGAGGACCGGGUUAACGGGGCUCUGUUAGAAAAAUUGUUCAGGACGGGGCUCGAGGGAAACCGAUUAGCCGAGAGAAUCGAUCAGGGACGAAGAGGAAAUGUGUUUCUCUCGAAAUGUCCAGGCCGCGAGGAGCGAGAGGAGUUGACUCAGCGGCUCUUAGGGAAAUAAGUAGGUUUAAACUCUCUCAAGUUGCAUUGUAGCAGGAGAUUCUGUAGUGGAACACACUUUAGCGGGACAAACUCCAGCUCUACUAUGCGCUCUAGCGGAGCACGUUGCAGCGGGAAGGACUCUAGGGAAAUGCCGCACUCUAGCGAGACACGCUAUACCGGGAUGCACUCCAGAGGGACUUUCUCUCCCUGCCGGUUGCCACGUGGCAUGCUCCGAACCUGCCUGCUGUUGCCGCUGCUGGUGCUGCUGCUUCCUUCUUGCAACAGGCAGCCUUGCGCCGCUGCUGUUGCCGUGCUCUACCCACAAUGGCUGGCUCUGGUUUCGAUAAGAGACGGGCUAGAUUUCCUGUAUCCUAGUCGCAGUCCUAAGGCGUUCUGGACCAGCCGAUCGGAUUGCUCCCUGCUCUUUGGGGCGGGCUGCGAUUCCCUGGGGAACGUUGUAUCGCUAUCGCUGUACGAUGCAAUCGGGACGAUUCCUUCCGCGCUUGGUGACUUGACAGCGUUACUAUCACUAGCUGCGAACGGAGACAUCGCCAGUCUGCCAGCGUCCACAACCCAGCUCACUUCUCUAACGCUCCUAUCGUUCAGCAAGAGCGGGCUCACAGGGGCCUUCCCAUCUGUCAUCUCGGCACUUAAGAAGCUCAAAGACCUGAAACUGCCUGGCAACUCCCUGUCUGGCCCCCUUCCUCCAUUCCUCUCCACUCUCACAUCCCUCACUACCCUGCGCCUGGACUCGAAUCUGUUCACUGGCUCCAUACCUGCAGGCCUCUCCAAGCUCACAGCACUGACUAUCCUCUCAUUUCCCAACAAUCUUCUCACAGGGUCGCUGCCCCCCUCCCUCUCUGCCCUUCGUCAGCUCGUUAACAUUGAUCUUCGCCGGAACAAGCUCACCGGCUCCAUCCCAUCGCAGUACAGCACGCUGACAGGUCUAGAGGGCAUCUACCUAAGUAACAACUCCCUUUCUGGUGCUCUUCCUCCUGCUCUUAGCACGCUCACCAAUCUUCGGAACCUAUUCGUUGACAACAACACCAUCUCUGGGUCGAUACCAGCGUCCUUCUCAACCCUCGUGUCUCUCGUCUAUAUUCGCGCCAACAACAACAAGCUCUCGGGAUCUCUGCCUUCCUCCCUCAGCACCCUCACCACUCUCGAUUCCUUGAUUCUCUCCAACAACGCUAUGUCCGGCGCCAUACCCUCACUCUACUCCAGCCUUGAGUUCCUCGCUGUCCUUCUCCUCAACAACAACUCACUCACCGGACCCAUCCCUCUCUCCUUCUCCGCACUCUCAUAUCUCUAUCAACUAGACGUUUCUAAGAACUCACUCAUGGGUGACCUGCCCUCCGUCUUCACUACCAACAUGACUGACCUUCGAUUCUUCAACGUCUCUUUCAACUCCUUGUCCGGCUCUCUGCCUACUGGCCUCUCCAACUUGCAAUCGCUCUACUCUCUGGACCUCAGCAGCAACUAUUUCAGCGGCCACGUUCGGACGAUCUUCAGCGCUCUCACCUCUCUGCAAUCCAUCAACAUCUCCUUCAACUUCUUCACGGGGUAUUUACCCAAGAUCGGAUUCCUCGGGGAGCUCAAAGCAAUCGACCUCUCCAACAACUUUUUUUUCGGGUCAGCCAACGACGGCUCCGACAGCCUCGGCCUGCCGCUCUGCCCGGACCCCCCUACCUCAACCUACUCAGCAGCUCAGAACUGCCUCCUCAACCUCGUCAACACCUGCACUAGCAUGUCUGGUGCCACAGUGAAUAUAGUAGAGACGCAGCGGACUGAGGAUGAGUGCUUCGUGUUUUGCGGGACGAGCCUUGCGAUGCCGAUCUUCCCGAACCAGCAGUGCGGGAUGGAGAAGGGGAUGUGUGCGGCGAACCUGACCAGCAACGGAGUCCUGUUCUACCAGUGCAAGUGCACGGCGCCAUUUGUCCGGACCCCAGACGCCAAAUCAUGCGACUUUCCUCCAAGCCCACCACCACCGCCCCCAUUCCCCCCUGGACCCCUCCCACCCUCCCCUCCCCCCUCCCCACCACCAAAAUCCCCGCCUCCCUCACCCCCAUUACCCCCUAGCCCCCCUCCCAGGCCUCCCCCUUCUCCCCCUCACCCACCACCCAACCCCCCGCCGCCCCCAUCCCCACCCCCUCCCUCGCCUCCUCCACCUCCCCCCUUCCCGCCUCCUGCUCCUUCCCCACCUCCUCCGCCUACACUGCUUGCACUCCUUGAUUGUUACACGUCAAGCCUUACCGAUAGUUGCGAAUGUUUUUGCCCAUUCUUUAACCAAUGUUACUGUCAGUAACAUGAUUGAUGUUGAUUUCUCAUUUUGUCCAUUCUAAGAUUGACGUACUUUGCGGACAUGCC